AUGACUGGAGAUGAGAAGUGGAUAUUCUACGACAACCCCAAGAAGAACAAAUACUACGCUAAGUCCGGUCAAUCGUUGCCAUCGACCUCAACAUCAACACCAAAGCCGAACAUUCAUGGUUCGAAGAUCAUGCUCUGUAUCAGGGGAUGGCAAAAAAUAAAUUUAGAAAGCACGUGCCGUAUCCACGGUCCGCAAGCGCCAACGACUACACCGCCGCCGCCGUCGCAACUUCUCGCGACAGGGGAGAGCGUCAAUCGAAUUUGUAGCACACUUAAGAGUUGGCAUCAGUGCCCAGAAAUACAUAGAGCCAUAGAAGGCAUCCGCUAUAUCGCCGAUCAUGUAAAGAAAGAAGAGGAUUCUAAUAGAAAUAGGAAAAAAUUCAAUACAAUCAAGGAGGAUUGGAAGUAUGUCGCAAUGGUGAUCGACAGAUUAUUUCUAUGGAUCUUCCUGGCAGCCGUAAUCGUCGGCUCGGCCGGGAUUAUACUACAGGCGCCGUCCUUGUACGACACACGCGUCCCCAUUGACGUACAGCUCUCCGAAAUCUCCCCGGACGCUGCCAGACCACCGCCCAACUUUCUUCCGAGAGGUGUCCUCUAAGGGACAAUUACUAAUUGCAUUAAUGCCGCGCGUAAAACACGUAUACAAAACUGAAAACACACAUAUUGUAAUUUGUGUACGUGUUUUAUGCGCAGCAUUAAUAUGACAACAUCUGCUUAUAUAACUACAUCGACACAAGCGAAACGUAUUAACGUCCGAAAGCCGAAG